UGAUUGGCUGUGGCGAGAAAAACAAAGCCAUAGCCGUCAAGUCGUCGAUUGAUCCUGGAAAAAAAAGGAUAAGGAAAAAACAGUUUUCAAACUUCUGUGUUAAAGAUGUCCCUUGCCGUAAAUGCAAGGCCCGGCACUUUCUUAGGACAAAAUAAUAAUAAAAGUGAUUUUACAAAAAUGUUUCGAAGUAAACGCUUAUUAACACCUAGUGCCAUGUAACAGUUUCCAUGGCAACAUGCUUAGAGGCAACAUGGAGUUCCUACAGUGGGAUUGUCAUGAUGUUGCGAGAUGGAUUGAGUCUUUAGGAUUUCCGCAAUAUAAAGCAUGUUUCACCGACAACCUCGUAAGUGGAAGAAAGCUUAUUUACGUGAAUUGCAUCUACUUGCCAAGACUGGGAGUCACAGAUUUUAAACACAUGCAGCUUUCUGUUGUCCUAUUCUGGUAAUGCCAUGGGAAUUGUAGCCUCAGUUUCCUGGUCCUAGCUGACAGGAGUGGCACCUGGUGUGGUCUUCUGCUGCUGUAACCAGUCUGCUUCAAGGUUCAACAUGGUCAUCUCUGCAUGCGUGCGUGAGCUGCUGGGGAUCACAGAGACCCUGUGGAGUCGCAGCAUCGCUGACCCUCCACGGGACACCGUGGGCCUGUUUUUGGAGAAAAAGAGCCGGACCAGCGAGCGGGUGGACAGCCUCACAUACCAGCGGUUCCUGAGGGACAUGCACCGGUGAAAGAAAGAAAGAAAAGCAAAGAAGGAAAGUCUGAAUCACAACAGUAAAGGAGCCCAUCACAAAAAGCCUAAGACAUGGGCAUCAACCUGAUGACAAGCCAAAUGGAGUCUCUCCUGGUGUAUCUGAUCGUCCUCGGUGUGGCUGUGAAGGCCCACAAAGUUCAAAUCUGUCCCAAACGCUGCGUCUGCCAGGUGCUCAACCCUAAUUUGGCCACACUGUGUGACAAAAAGGGGCUUCUGUUUGUGCCCCCUAACAUUGACAGGCACACGGUGGAGAUGCGUCUCGGGGAUAACUUUGUAACCAGCAUCAAACGCAAAGACUUUGCAAACAUGACCAAGCUGGUGGAUCUGACUCUGUCUCGGAACACUAUUGGCUCCAUCGCGCCUCACGCCUUCAGAGAUCUGGAGAACCUACGAGCCCUUCACCUCGACAGCAACCGGCUUACCCGCAUCAACAACGACACCUUCAGCGGCAUGUCCAAGCUGCACCACCUCAUCCUCAACAACAACCAGCUCACCCACAUCCAAAGCGGGGCCUUUAAUGACCUGACAGCACUGGAGGAGCUGGACCUGUCUUACAACAACUUGGAAAGCGCCCCCUGGGUGGCCAUUCAGAGGAUGUCCAAUCUCCAUACGCUCAAUUUGGAUCACAACAUGCUCAGCUACAUCCCAGAGGGCACCUUCUCUGGGUUGCAGAAGCUUAAGCGAUUGGAUGUGACCUCCAACAAGCUCCAGAAGCUUCCUCCUGAUCCUAUUUUCCAGAGAGCCGGGGUCCUGGCAACAUCUGGGAAAAUGGGGCCUACAUCUUUCGCACUGAGCUUUGGGGGGAACCCGCUGAGGUGUAACUGUGAGCUUCUUUGGCUGCGGAGGUUGCAGAGGGAGGAUGAUCUGGAGACCUGUGCUUCACCGCAACACCUCGCCGGACGCUAUUUCUGGACUGUUUCGGAAGAGGAGUUCCUGUGCGAGCCUCCUCUCAUCACCAGGUACUCUCAGGAGCUGCGAGCUUUGGAGGGUCAGAGUGUGACUCUGCGCUGCAAGGCUAGGGGCGACCCUGACCCCAUUAUCCACUGGAUUGCACCUGAUGGACGCCUUAUGUCCAACUCCUCCAGGGCUGUAGUCCACACCGACGGCACGCUGGACAUCCUAAUCAGCACUGUCAAGGACUCCGGUUCCUUUACCUGUGUGGCUUCCAACCCAGCCGGAGAGGCCCACAGUGCAGUAAAGCUGGUCAUUACCAAACUCCCUCACAUCACCAAUAACACAAUCGAGGAGCAGGAACGUGACCCCGGCUCAUCAGAUAUCGCCACAGUGACCAAGACUGGGGCAGAGGCAGGAGGGGUGCCUCUGGGGAAUGCAAAGACGAGCCAGGAGAAGAAAGUAGUAAUUGCUGAGGCCACCUCGACCUCAGCCCUGGUCAAGUUCAACUUCCACAGGAGUAUUCCUGGAAUCCGCAUGUUUCAGAUCCAAUAUAAUGGGACGUAUGAUGAUUCAUUGGUAUACAGGAUGAUACCCCCGACCAGUAAGAGCAUCUUAGUAAACAACCUGGCGGCUGGUACGCACUACGACUUGUGCGUGUUGGCCAUCUAUGACGACCAGGUGACCUCGCUCACCGCCACCAGGGUGAUUGGUUGCGUCCACUUCACCACUGAGCCGCAGUACCUGAGAUGCCAUUUCAUGCAGUCCCAGUUUCUCGGUGGUACCAUUGUGGUUAUCAUUGGAGGGAUUAUCGUGGCCUCUGUGCUUGCUUUUAUCAUCUUCCUCAUUGUGCGUUAUCGGGUGUGUAACCAAGGGGAUGCAGAUAAGGCGCUAGAGAUGGGGGAUAUUAGGUCACUGAGCAGUGAUGGACAGCUACAGGGUUGUGGGAUUCCCAAGUCCCUCUCUAAACAGGUUCUGCGGCCAGAGAAGAAUGACAAGGACUGCCUCCGUGUCGCCCUGCCUCCCUCGGAGCCAGCCAAGCAGCGAACACCUGUCGUGGUGGCGUCCACGAAACCGUCUGUCCCCGACUGCACGGUCUCUACCUCAGCUGGAAGUCACAGCUGGCACCCAGCCUCCCCGGGCACUCCGAGACCCAAGCAUUCGACCGCUCCGACAAAACCCUCAGAGGCUCGCCGAGCUGAAGCAGAUGUCGAGCUCGAAAACAUGAACCGGAAUAACUCGUCGGAAGUGAAAACGGCCCAAGCCAUCACUCUCGCUGUACCGGGCCAGCCCACCAAGUGGACUGCCGUCCCCAGGGGUCCGCGGCCCCAUCAAGUCGCUCCACAAUACAUGACUGUUCCCGCAGGACGGAUGAGGGUGAACCGCAGGCACUCGUUCAAUGCAGACUCGUACGCGGAGCGCUGCUACAUGGCCUACCCAAAAACCGGGGCCAGCCUGCGCUCCAAACGCAGCUUGUCAAUGAGCGGAGAGCUGCCGCAGCUCGAGAGCACAACAAACAUUCGCCGGGCCAGGGACAAGCUCUCGAGGUCUGAGUGGCUUCUGGAGAGCACUUUAUGAUUUUGAAGUUUUGCUACCUGCGCUCUCUUGGAUUGCUGGAUUGGAUUUGUGGCCCGUGGUGAGCAGACAGGAUUUUAUGCCAUGGGGUUUUUUUGUUUUGUUUUUUGUGUUGUUGUUUUGGAGCUUUUGUGCUCUUUGUUGAAGGACCUGUAGGCUUCUCUCGUAUAUCUGGGAGAAGGCAGGCGACACAGGGUUUACGGGAAAUGUUUCACAUUUGUUUUCUACCUUAUAACCUAUCAAAGUCUUCUUUAUAACAGAGUUUGAUCAAACUUUGACGAAAGGCACAACAAUGUAUAAAUCGAACUUCAUGUACAAAACAAAACAAAACAUGUUUUAGUUGUGUGAGAUACUAUAUAUCUCGGUACAACCAUAAGUGUUCAUGUGGUAUCGAAUGCAGUAACCUGGACAAUACUGUAUUAUAACAGAAGCAUCACACAGGGGAUGGGGUUAUUAUACUUAACAAUCUCAUUGCCUGUUACUUAAAGUGAUACAAUCUCUGUAGACUACACGAUUCUUGUCUCCAGCUCUGCAGACAGUGACAUGUCUUAAUUACUUUGGAUGUGGUUUUGGAGAGAUUACGAAUGUGCUUUACAUCCCAGAGGUGUAGGAAAAGAAUGUAGUAGACUGACAGCCCUCUAUCUUUUCAUCCCCACCCAGCCCACCCCCAGACACAGCACAAUGCAGCAUUUCUUUGUGUGUGUGUGUGUGUGUGUGUGUGUGUGUGUGUGUGUGUGUGUGUGUGUGUGUGUGUGUGUGUGUGUGUGUGUUUGUGUGUGCGUGUGCGUGUGUGGCACAAGUCGACUCAGCCUAAUACUGCCCUCCGGUUUGAAUCGAUACAUUUUUAUCACGUAAUUACACGAAGACUCAACUCUGAUAGGAUUCCUGUCAUGACUGAUUUGAGCGACGAUUGAGCCAACACCCACAGCGUGACAAGGUGCGGGAAGUAAUCGGAUGUUACGCGUGGAUCCAGGGGAAUGAUUCAUUUUCAUGUUUUUGCUUUGUUUGUGUUUUUCCCCCCUAACUUACUGAAGUGAUCGUGUCAUGCCGAUGACAACCAUUGUAAAUGAAAUGAAAUGUAAGAGAAACGGUGACUGGGAGGACGUCUGCUCUUGGUUUUUUGCUGUUGUUUCUGUUUGAUGUUUACCAGUAUAAAUAAACCAGUGAUUUAAAAACCAAAAACACCACAAAAAUAAAAGG